ACUUGGCAAGAUGAACACUCGGCUCCCUUUUCCUGGGAAACAAAGAGCCAGAUGGAGUUCAGCGUGGCAUCUCUGUCCAUACAAGAACAAGGUGGUGCCCAGUCACAAAAUGAACAGAGGCAGCCCGUUAAAGCAGCACCUGGUAUCCAAGUCCCUAAAUCUUCUCAGGCCAGUAAGACCCCUGGCUCUGAUGGGUUGAUAGCACCCAGAAAGGAAGAGGAGUCCUCUUUCUGGAAGAUAAAUGCAGAGCGCUCAAAAUUUGAAGGAGACAAGUCUGAGUUCCAGUCCCUGACUCCCAGCCAGAUCAAGUCCAUGGAGAAAGGAGAGAAACCCCUUCCCUCUUUUUACAGACAAGAGUCUGCUCCAAAGGAGGUGGCAAAAGCUGACAAGCCCAGCAUAACAAAACCAGAGAAGUCUGCUGCCCCCAGCCUACCUUCUGUAUCUCUCGAAUGGGAGAAACCUCGACCCACUCAACUCCCUGCUAGUUCUCUAGAUGACUUCUUUCUUCCUGACCCACCACAGGACCUGGCAUCUUCUAGGACAAACAAGGAAGAUACUGAUGGUACUAUACUUACAGAUCCACAAAUGCCUGAACAGACUAGUACAAGCAAUGUUAUCUUGAAGACUGGCUUUGAUUUUCUAGACAACUGGUAAAAGAUACUUUAGAUUGAAUCAAUUUUGGGGAAGGAGUGGGGUAUCUUUCUCCUUGUAUGUUAAUUUACUAGCAUUUGUGUCUUUUUCUAGAAGUAACUUUCAAACUCUUAAAUGUUGCCUUUGUAUAAACUUUUGUAAUAUCAUAUGCGUUUCUGUUUUUUAAACAGUGAUAGAAGUGUGGUUUCAUUUGGAUAUUUUUUUUAAUUUCUGUUAAAAUUUUUAGUAGCUACUGUAUUGAGAGGAUAGGAGAAGUUACCAUAUGCAUGUUAAAGACAAACAAAUG